AUAUAGCCAAUUAAAUCAUCACUUUCUAAUUUAGCCUUUCAUUAAACUUUGAUUAGUUCUAAAUAGAAUAAUUGAUUAGUCAAGAUCAUUAAUAUGGUUGUUACAACUUUUACUCAAGAAAUUAAUUCCCCAAUAACACCAAUUCGUUUGUUUAAGGCUUUAAUUUUGGAUUCAAAAUCCUUAAUACCAAAAUUAUUGCCUCAAUUUGUUGAAAAUGUUGUUUUAUUACAAGGAGAUGAUGGUGGAGUUGGAAGUAUUGAACAAGUGAACUUCACAAAAGGUAAUCCUUUUGAGUUUGUGAAACAUAGAAUAGAUGAACUAGACAAAGAAAAUAUGGUAUGCAAAUACACAAUGAUUGAAGGGGAUCCAUUGGGAGAAAAUCUUGAAUUUGUUUCUUAUGAAAUUAAAUUUGAAGAAUCCAAUAAUGGAAAUUGCAUUUGCAAAAUGACAACAAAUUAUCAUGGAAUUGGUGAUUUUAUUGUCAAAGAAAAUGAUGUUAAAGAUGGCAAAGAUAGUGCUAUGGGUAUUUAUAAAACUGUUGAAAAUUAUCUCAUUCAAAAUCCAAAUCUUUAUGCUUAAUUAAUUAAAAUAGCUUAAUUUAAAUUAAAAGGAAGACUAUAUGGUUUUGUUUCUUUUUUAAUAAAUAUUAUUUUGUUGUUGUUGUUGAAGAUAAAUAGCAUUGCAUUCAAUUGAUGUAAGUUUUAUGUUUUAACAUAUUUCAAUAUUGUUUGAUUUGAGU